UUCGUUAAAAGUGCAUUUUGUGGUUUAUAAACAACUCAAUUUCCCAACACCCCUUUCGCGGGACGGAAGAAGAGCAGCAGCUCCUCUGUCAAAGAUGGCGGCUCCUCUGACUCUGUUGUUUCUGCUCGCUGUCACAGUCCGAGCCGCCCUUUUUAACUCUUCUUUGAAAGAGCUAAUUUCGGACCGGGUCGAGGUUGUGUCGCCGUUGACCGCAUGGAAGAGAGUGAUUGAGGGUUUGGCUCUUCUUGAUUUGGGAGUUUCACCGUACUCUGGAGAUGUUUUCCAUGAGACGCCUCUUGUCAUUUACCUCUUUCACUUUGUGGUGGACUACGCUGAAGUGACGUUUAUGUUGGCUGACCUGAUCACUGCAGGUUGUCUCUACAUGGCAGUUAAGGACUACAACAAACAAGUGUUCAGGAAACAGAAGUUUGCCCUGGAGGCAGAUCGGUACCCUUUGGACUGUUUGGAACUUAUCAGGAGCCCAAAGGAAAUGCAUUACAUCCCUCUAAAGGUGGCCAUGUUUUACCUAUUAAACCCGUUCACCAUCCUGUCCUGUGUAGCCCGCUCCACCUGUUGUCUGAACAACGCUGUCAUCGCUCUCUUCAUCCUCUCCACCAUCAAAGGGAACCUCCUCCUCAGUGCGGUCUUCCUGUCUCUGGCCACCUACCAGUGUCUUUAUCCUCUCGUUCUCGUUGCUCCUGCUCUUCUCUACCUGCUGCAGCACCAGUACAUCCCAGUGAACUUCCGUCGGCCCAAUUUCUGGUGGCUGGUGGCCCAGUACCUGUUCAUGUUCGGGGGCAGCCUCCUGGUGGUGGUGUGUCUCUCCUUCUUCCUGCUGGGAUCCUGGGAUUUUCUGUCCUCCGUCUACGGCUUCAUUCUGUCUGUCCCAGACCUAACGCCAAAUAUCGGACUUUUCUGGUACUUUUUUGCGGAGAUGUUUGAGCACUUCCGUCUCUUCUUCCUCUGCGUUUUUCAGAUCAACGUCUUCUUCUACACAAUUCCUCUGUCCCUCAAACUCAAGGACCAUCCAGUGUUCUUGAUCUUCAUGCAGCUGUCAAUCAUCUCCAUCUUUAAGUCUUACCCUACAGUUGGAGACAGUGCCCUCUACCUGUCCUUCCUUCCUGUGUGGACUCACCUGCACAGAUUCUUGAGGAACAUCUUCCUGGUCUCCUGUCUUCUCCUGGCUUCUUCUCUUCUAUUCCCAGUCCUCUGGCAUCUCUGGAUCUAUGCGGGCAGCGCCAACUCCAACUUCUACUAUGCCAUUACACUGGUGUUUAAUGUGGCCCAGAUUCUUCUGGUGUCGGAUUAUUUCUAUGCCUUCCUGAGGAGAGAGCACCAUUUGACGUAUGGAUUGUACCUAAAGAGAAAGGAUGGAUCUGAAGCCGCGAUGGUUCUCAAGUAAAACACAGUCUUUACUCCAGCAGGUGGCAGGAACAUUCUGCAGCUUGUUCCUGAAACUCUGGGUAAGAAAAACAGACUCAGAUCUGAGCUGAUCUUCAGACCCUGAAUGUGGAGGCAUAAUUCUCCUGCUGAGGAAAACCUUCCUGGUUUGCAGAAGUUUUAUUUAAUUUGCAACGCACGUCCUCUUUUGUUGCAGACACUCCUGACGACAUUUAUUUUGUAAAAUGAACACACCCUGUGUUUUCCUCAAAAACAAAAUCUUAAGAAACUUAAGACCUUGGUGAGGCAGACAUUUCUCCUGACAUCCUUGAACACUGUUCUGUCAUUCUUUAUGUUCUGUAAAGGACGAAGAGGUUUCCGCUGAUUCCUGGAGUCAAUGAAGUGUCUGGAACUUUUAACCUCUGACUAUCAAGAUCAUAUUCAGAAACAGCCACGGAAAGGUCAUAUAUGACAAAAAUAAGCAAGUUAACACGUUUUUAAGUUUUAACAAGUUCAAGUCGCUUGAAACUAGUUCUAAAAAGAUUUCAGAGAAAUCCUUGUAGUUUUGAGGCUGAAUCCAGGUUGUUAAAGAAAAAGAAAAGGUGCCAGGGUUUUGUGGUCCACAGAUCCCAAACCCUCUAGGCCUAAGAGUCUAUGGUGAUGUAUAAGUCUGUAGGUGGUGCCAUAGAUCUGUCUGUGGUCUAUGUUUGGUUAAUUAUGUCCUGCUCUGUGUUAUCUUCAGCUGAUUGUUGAAAUAACGUUUGGAUUUGUGGCGCUAUACAACAACAACACUGCCAUUAAAUUAAACAUUUAAUACAUUCAACUUUACAGCAACAUUGCUUUAAAGGUGGCUUGAGAGUACGGGUUAACAUGGUGUUGGAAUAUUAAGAUUAUUUGUGGAUUUAUUUUGUUUCUUGAGCUAAGAGGUACAAAUUGUUCGGGUUGUACACUUGACAGGUGUAAUUUAAAGUGAUACUUUUUUUUUGUACUUAUUGUAAUAAUUAAAGGUGCAGUUUUCAUUUUUCUUCUGUUCUUUUCCUGUAAUGCUGCUUUGUUCCAUACACAUCAAAUACUGUAAACUGGGUCAGAACCUUUUCACCAAGAAAUAAAGGUGACAUUUGAACUGAGUACUGAUUGUCCACUGGAAAAGUGAAAAGCAGUCUGACUAUAGUCUAUUAGGCUAGUGAGCGUGUGUGUGUGAAAUGUACGGAAGCGUAUUGCGUUAUUACUAUUAUUGAUAAGUUUUACCUCUAACUCUAUAUCGCGGUUCUACUUUCGCUCCCUCAGUACAUCGCGGAUCUAAUCUUUAAAC